AUGGCCAAUCUGGCAUUCACAUUCAGGCAGCAGGGGAAGUAUGACCAGGCAGAAGAGCUGGAAGCACAGGUGCUAGAGGGAAGCGAAAGGAUAUUGGGCACUGAGCACCCUGACACAUUGAGUGCCAUGGCCAAUCUGGCAUCCACAUUCAGCCAGCAGGGGAAGUAUGACCAGGCAGAAGAGCUGGAUGCACAGGUGCUAGAGGGAAGCAAAAGGAUAUUGGGCACUGAGCACCCUGACACAUUGUUUGCCAUGGCCAACCUGGCAGCCACAUUCUGGCAGCAGGGGAAAUAUGACCAGGCAGAAGAGCUGGAAGCACAGGUGCUAGAGGGAAGGAAAAGGAUAUUGGGCACUGAGCACCCUGACAUAUUGUUUGCCAUGGCCAACCUAGCAGUUACAUUCAGGGAGCAGGGAAAAUAUGACCAAGCAGAAGAACUUGGCAAACCAGCUUUGGAAAUGAGAAAAAAGUAUUGGGCUCUGAGCAUCCAGAUACACUGGGUUCCAUGA